AUGCCAGCCAUUAGGCUCAUAUUAUUCGGUUACAUUGAAGCAUUGAACACGCUAAAGCCUAGUAACCAGAAGCCCGUCCUGGUUAGCAUUGACGAGAUGCCUGAUCAGCCUCGAAUAAUCUCGGUAGAAGAGGAGAUCAAUCUUCUUACUAUCGAUGCAAAGGCUCUACAAGACCUUUUAAAUCAAGGCAAAGUUACAAGCUUGGAUCUUGUUACGAGAUAUUUGGCACAGAUAUCCCAACACGAUGGGAAGCUUCACGCCAUGAUUCGGACUACGCCUCUUGAUUUGCUGGAGGCAAGAGCUAAGUUGCUGGACGAAGAACGAGCGUCAGGAAAAACGCGUGGGCCAUUACAUGGCAUUCCUAUUCUCAUCAAGGACAACAUCGCCACUCAUCCAAGCCUUGGAUUACCAACUAGCGUCGGAAGCCUGGCCCUUCUAAGCUCGAAACCAAAGAAAAGCGCCUACAUUGUUGACCAGCUUAUUGAUGCCGGGCUUGUCAUUCUUGGAAAGGCUAACCUUGCCGAAUUUGCCAAUGCAAGAGGAUCUGAUAUGCCCAAUGGUUGGUCUGCAGUUGGCGGCCAGACACAAUCCGCUUAUGUCCGCGGUGGUCUGGACCCAAAUGACUCCCCCGAGGGACAUUCAAAUCCGUCGGGGUCAUCCACAGGCUCUGCUGUCGGCGUUUCUGCCGGGUACGCUCCAGUCGCUAUCGGAACAGAGACUGAUGGAUCGCUUGUCAGCCCAGCCGGCCGCGCAGCAUUAUACACAAUCAAGCCGACGAUUGGACUUGUCUCUCAAGAUGGCAUAAUUCCCAUCUCAAGCAACUUUGAUGCAGCUGGACCCAUGACAAAGUCGUCUUACGAUUUAGCUGCGCUCUUAGAUAUCCUUGCCUCAAAGUCAGGCUCAGAUUCUUUCACAGCCAGUCUUACCGGAUCAUGGUCUGAUAUAUCCGUGGCUGUUCUCGAUCCGGAUGUAUGGCAGAAGCCGGAAGCCAAGAUGGGGCCCGUAGAUGGAACCCAGGAUCAAAUUACUCGCGAUAUCCGCCAAGCUUAUGAGGUAAUCAAAGUGAAGGCAAAGAGAUUCGUGGAGAACAUCGAAAUGAUAUCCCCAGAUGACAUCAAAAUUGACGGAGAAAGCUGUGAAUGGACGAUCAUCCAGGCCGACAUGAAGCCCCAGAUUAACUCUUACCUGGAAGGUCUUGAAGAAAGCGAAGUGAGGUCCGUCGCUGAAGUGAUUGACUUCAAUGAGAAACAUGCCGAUCAAGAGCUUCCUUCACACCAUCCUCGACAGGACAAUUUAAUUGCCAGCCAAAACAAGAUCAUUUCUCCUGAAGAAUACGACCGAAAUUUAUCGUAUCUCAGAGAAAUGGGCCGAGAAAAAGGGAUGGACUUGGCGUUGGAGCGCUACGGCGUGGAUGUUAUACUGGGACCCAUUGACAGUACCAUCUCGUCUUUGGCAACAGCUACAGGUUAUCCGCUUUGCGCAAUGCCCCUUUCUUACCUCGACUACAAUGGACGCCCGUUUGGCGUGGCAGCUAUUGCGAGGAAAAACCAAGAGGCCCUUCUGAUUCAGGUCAUGAGCGCUUGGGAAGCCACAUUUCCUGUUCGUAAACCUCCUCAGCUUGAUGAUCUAUAG